UUCUGCUUCUGUUUCUUCCGAGACUUCGGUACGCAAAGCCAGAGGGAUAGACUGUCAACAGAAAAAACACUAGUACAAAACUAGAAAGGUCACAUCUUCUUUCCUUUACCGGGGAUUACAAGAACCCGUUGGUUUUAUUUGAAUACUGAUGCAAUGCAGACCCUAGGCUUCUCUUACCGCCUGGUCCCCUCGGGAAGGCGGUUUUCUCCGGUGCCGGCCAAUGGCAUUUCCGGUGCAAGGUCGAGCUCACUUGUUAAUGUUCGUACAUUCAAAUGCAUGUCUCUCUCGAGCCCCUCGCUAGUAUGUGAUGUGAAGAAAUUCGCGGAAGCUUCAAAACAUGGAAACGUAGUUCCCCUGUACCAUUCUAUAUUCUCUGAUCAGCUGACUCCAGUUCUUGCUUACCGGUGUUUGGUCAAAGAAGAUGAUCGAGAGGCUCCAAGCUUUCUCUUUGAAUCAGUGGAACCUGGUUUUCAGGCUUCAAGUGUUGGUCGUUAUAGCGUUGUUGGAGCUCAGCCAACAAUUGAAAUUGUGGCAAAAGAAAAUAAAGUGACCAUAAUGGACCACGAAGGUGGUACUUUGUCUGAGGAGUAUGUUCAAGAUCCAAUGAUGAUUCCGAGGAGAAUUUCAGAGGGUUGGAAACCUCAACUUAUUGACGAACUUCCAGAUACAUUUUGUGGGGGAUGGGUUGGUUAUUUCUCAUAUGAUACUAUCCGCUAUGUGGAGAAGAAAAAGCUGCCAUUUUCAAUGGCACCAGAAGACGACAGAAACCUUGCGGACAUACAUCUAGGCCUCUAUGAUGAUGUCAUUGUGUUUGAUCACGUGGAGAAGAAAGCCCAUGUGAUUCAUUGGGUGAGGCUAGAUCAAUACUCCUCUGCUGAGAAAGCUUAUAAUGAUGGACUGAAACGUUUGGAGAAGUUAGUGGCUAAAGUACAGGAUAUUGAUCCGCCAAGGCUGUCUCCAGGUUCUGUAGACCUACAAACUCGACAGUUUGGACCUUCUUUAAGGAAAUCAACCAUGACAAGUGAAGAAUACAAGAUGGCUGUGCUAGAGGCAAAAGAACACAUACUAGCAGGGGAUAUUUUCCAGAUUGUAUUGAGUCAACGUUUUGAACGCCGUACAUUUGCUGAUCCUUUUGAAGUUUAUAGGGCUCUGAGAGUUGUCAAUCCCAGUCCAUAUAUGACCUACUUACAAGCUAGAGGGUGUAUCCUGGUUGCAUCAAGUCCAGAAAUUCUUACUCGGGUUGAGAAGAAAAAGAUAGUGAAUCGCCCAUUGGCUGGGACAGUCAGGAGAGGGAAGACAACUGCUGAAGAUGAGAUGUUGGAAAAGCAGUUGCUAAAUGAUGCAAAGCAAUGUGCAGAACACAUAAUGCUGGUUGACCUGGGACGUAAUGAUGUUGGAAAGGUUGCCUUUAAUUUCUAGUUUCAAAAUUUUGGCUCAGUGAAGGUUGAAAAGCUUAUGAAUGUUGAAACGCAUUUAUUAACAGUCAUGCCAUUCAUGCAGGUCACAGGAGAGUUGCAUGAUCAUCUAACUUGCUGGGAUGUGCUGCGGGCUGCACUUCCUGUCGGAACUGUUAGUGGAGCACCAAAGGUCAAGGCCAUGGAGUUGAUUGAUCAGCUGGAAGUGACAAGGCGCGGCCCCUAUAGUGGUGGCUUUGGAGGCAUAUCCUUUACUGGCAACAUGGAUGUUGCUUUGGCUCUCAGGACAAUUGUAUUCCCUACUGGGACUCAUUACAACACAAUGUAUUCAUACAAAGAUGUGGAGAACCGUCGAGACUGGAUUGCUCAUCUUCAAGCUGGUGCAGGUAUAGUUGCCGACAGUAAUCCCGACGAUGAGAACCAGGAGUGCCAUAACAAAGUGGCUGGCCUUGCUCGCGCCAUUGAUUUGGCAGAGUCAGCAUUCGUCAACAAAUGAUUUGUGAGCUUAUUAACAAAAAACAAUCGGUGAACAUUCAAGCCAACCCGAGUUUUUGAGGGACUUUGUUGUGGAAAAGAAAAAAAGAAAAAGGAAGAAAAGACUAGAGGGCUAGCAAUAUGAAAAUCAGUCAGGUUUUCCUGUUGGAAUUUCUUGGUGGGGGGUUUCAGCUGAAAAAAUAGAACUUUUGCAUUUACAGUUUUUAUUUAGUCAUUUAUAGUGUUAAGAUUUGUAGGGAAGUCAGUUUGGUAAAUUGACAAGACUUUUUAGGGCAUAUAAGUUUAAAACUUUAGUUAGGGAAGGGAUGUUGACAGAAAGGAGAAACCUUUGUUUGUUAUAAAUAAACUUUUGUGUCAUGCAAAACUCU